CCUGUUUAUCUUCCUUCAGAUCCACCAGUUGUUUCCUAUCAUUUCUGUAACAUUGACGACAGAGGAGCCGCGCAGGUUCUCGUUCGUUUGUGUGCCCGUCACUGAUAGGACGGUUUGGCUGUCAGUUCACAGAUGGUGGGCGGGAUGAGUAAAGACGGACAAGAGGGAGCGUCAAGUCUCUGGAUUUAAGAGGAAGAAGGGAAGCUAACUUUCUUGAGUGGUGUUUCAGCGGCAUUAAGGCUACGUGAAAUUGAAGACUAGGCUAUUUGAAUGGCUGUUGUGUUAUGUUAGAAAGAGCACAGAAGAAUAUAUACUCAGAUUUACUAUAACAGAUGUUUAUAAUAUUAUAAUAUUACAAUUAGAAGAUGCAUUAAGGUUCCUCUCAUCAGUCUGCUUGGAUUGACUGUGGUUUCAAGAAGAUCCUUAUCAGUAAUGCUGAUGCUGACCAGUGCUUGGUCUGUGGACAGGCAUUGAUGGGAGACUGGAACCUACUUGGAAGGCUGUUGGAGAGCGCCCAGACACACUCCACCGUGGUGGGCAAGGUCUGGCUGACCGUGCUCUUCAUCUUUCGCAUCCUUAUCCUGGGAACCGCGGCUGAGAGGGUGUGGGGAGACGAGCAAUCGGGCUUCAGCUGCGACACCAAGCAGCCUGGCUGCCAAAAUGUCUGCUACGAUUACACCUUCCCCAUCUCUCACGUCCGCUUCUGGGUGCUCCAGAUCAUCUUCGUCUCCACGCCGACACUCAUCUACUUGGGCCACAUCCUGCACCUGAUGCGCGUGGAGGAGAAGAAAAGGCGAAAGCAAGAGCAGAGGUUUCGUGCGGGCGACAAACAGCCUUUACUGCCGGAGGAAAAGACGAAAGCGGUCGUCGUCCGCAAUGAACUUGGCGAGAUCCGCCUGCAAGGGACCAUCUUGCGCACAUACGUUUUCAACAUUGUCUUCAAGACCAUCUUCGAGGUUGGAUUCAUCGUGGGCCAAUAUCUCCUCUAUGACUUCAAACUCAAGCCUGUCUACGUCUGCAAGGAGUCCCCUUGCCCCCAGCCAGUUAACUGCUACAUCUCACGGCCCACCGAGAAGACCAUCUUCAUCCAGUUCAUGUUGGUGGUGGCCUGCAUCUCACUGCUGCUGAACCUCAUGGAGAUAUUUCACUUGUGCGUCACCAAGUGCUGGCACAGACAGAAGCACAGAACAGCUCAGCCUGAAGUCAACCCUGUAUCUAAAUCCCAAGAAAAAAUUGCCGUACCAUUUUUGCCCAGUUAUACCGAAUACCCUGAAUAUCAGUCCGUGCAGCAGUUACGUAAAUCCGGUACUAGCCGUUUUCCUGUGACCGGGGCAGGGUCCAUUUCUCAUUCGUACAGCAGCAAAAUAGCAAACCAGCAAAACAGGGACAAUUUAGCCAUGGAGUGGGAUCACAAUCAUGAGGCAAAUAACUUAAUAGGUCAUUCAAGGUCAGGGUCAGAUUUGACGAUAGAGAAUCAGCAAACAUCCUGCCAAUCCAACAAGCAAAGCAACAAUAAGACCAAACAAGACCUGAAGAUCUGAUGUCUUGUCAUGUGUAGUUAUCUGAAAGCUACAACCAGUUUCUUUGAGCAUAACACACGAGGUCAGUUAAUGCUGGAGGCUGUGCUGAUAUUUUUAGAGGAAAUUGCCAUUUCCAAACCACAGGGAAGAUUGUUUCUCAAACCCUUCGUAAAUAAUGUGUUGUUUUAUCUCCAUCGUUAAUUAACAUGCUACCCAACCCACACGUUAAUCAUAACAUGCUGCAUAAGUCUUGUCCUGCUCUAUGCCUAGUUUUGGACACCAUUCAACCUAUGUCAUUAAUACAUAUUGUAAAAAACUGGUAUUUAACAAACCCGACAAUAUUAAAACAUAUUUUUCUCAAAUA